AUGGGAAAUUGUGCCAGCAGCAGUAAUACGGACAGUAAACCUAGUCAAGCAAGCCUUGGAGCAGCAAAGACACGAAUGAUCGACAAACAGAUAAAAGCCGACGAGAAACGGAUGAAGAGCGAAGUCAAACUCUUACUUUUAGGUGCAGGAGAGUCUGGAAAGUCAACUGUACUCAAACAGAUGAGGCUUAUCCAUGCAGCCGGCUUCGAUGGUUGCGAGAGAGAAAACUUUAGAGUAAUUGCGUUUUCAAAUAUCGCAUCUACUGUCCAGACCCUUUUUGAAGCGACCGAACACCUCAACAUUAGUUUAGAAGAUGAAUCAUUAAGGGAAUACCUGCCAAUGUUCAGCGAAGAAACUCCAAUUAUCCUAGGCCAGCCCUAUAACCAAAAGUUCCUUGAUCCAUUAAAACGCAUCUGGGCAGAUGCUGGCAUUCAGAGUGCCAUUGAACGUGGAAAUACAUUUGCCUUGCAUGAUAAUGUGACCUACUUUUUUGGGCAACUCGAUAGAUUGUGGGCAUCAAACUAUAUACCAAGCGACCAAGACAUUCUCCGCUGUCGUGCAAAAACUACCGGCAUUGUGGAAACAAUCUUCCACAUUGGUCCUCUUACAUAUCGGAUGUUCGAUGUUGGAGGUCAACGAAGUGAACGAAAGAAAUGGAUACACUGCUUUGAAAAUGUCACAGCAAUUUUGUUCGUCGUAGCCAUCAGUGGAUACGAUCAAUGUCUGGUAGAAGACAGAAACUCAAAUCAGAUGCAAGAAGCUCUCAUGUUGUUUGACACCAUUUGUAACUCCCCAUGGUUCGUGAGCACAUCCAUGAUCCUGUUUCUCAACAAGAUUGAUAUCUUUCAAAGCAAGAUCAAUACUUCGCCAGUAUCAGAGUGGUUCCCAGACUAUAAAGGUUCAAAUGUAGACGUUGAUCAGGCAAAAUCCUAUUUCAGCAAACGGUUCUUGAGACUGAAUCGCAGUGCAUCAAAAAAAGUAUAUGUACAUUAUACAGACGCAACAGACACACAACUACUAGAGCACGUCAUGUUGGCAGUUUCAGACAUCAUCCUCAACGAGAACCUCGAUACUCUCAUGCUUUAA